CUGUUGUUUAUCGUCUCUUUCAAUCCAAUGUCUCAUUUGCUUCAUUAGACUCUCUCUGCAAAAGUCAACAACUCUUAGAUUUGAACAUCGAACACUGAGAAAGGAGAAACAGCUGCAGCCUACCUAAUUAAGAAAACUUGUUUCAUCCAAUGGAGGCCUUAUCUCUUGUUGGAGGUUCUCUUUUAUCUGCUACAUUUGACUUGCUAUUUGAAAAGUUGAAUGGAUAUCUAAGUGAUCAACUCCGGAAUUCAAAGGAGGAAGUACUUGCCCAGGUGGAAAGUUGGAAGAUUCUAUUGCCCAAAAUCACUGCUGUACUUCAACAUGCGGAAGAAAAUCAUGUUGUCAACCAGUUUGUGAAGUCAUCUCUUGAUGAUCUUAGAGACCUAGCUUUUGACAUGGAGGACAUACUUGAAGAGUUUGUGAUUGAUGCUAAGAGGUCUGAAUUGAUUGCAGAAUCUGAAGCUAGACCUAGCAAGCGACAAAGAAUCGCCUCUAAUGUCAAGCGUUUUUUUAGCUCUAAUAUGGCUAAGCCCAAUCAAGAGGUUAAUUCCAUGCUAAAGGAUCUAAGUGGUAGAUUGCAGAAAAUUGAUAGUGGGAUGCGUAGUUUGGACUUGAUCAAUUUGGCUUUGAAACUUGAAGAUAAGUCUCACAGAGUAAUUGCAAAAAGACUACCCGAGUCCUCACUUCUUGAGGACAAGGUGUUGGGUCGAGAUAGUGAUAAAGAUGCUAUUCUUCAGAGGUUGCUAGAAGAUGGAGGUAGUCUGGAACAAGACUUUGUUGUUCCUAUCGUCGGAAUGGGUGGACUAGGCAAGACAACUCUUGCUCGGCUCAUUUACAAUGAUGAAAAAUUAGAAGGCAGAACAUUUAACUGGGGAAAGGUGUGACU